UAGCUUGAUAUAUAUUCGACAACUCCACCACGUUUGUUUGUUAAUCAUUCGCAAAUAAUAAUCAUUAUUAUCAGGAUCCGUUGUGAAAUACGCCUUACUAUUCCAAAUUCAAAUACAAUUCAGAAAGAAUUGUAUUUUUAGUGUAUUGUGGUGAUCUAUCUGUCCGAGAUCAACGGAACAAGCUCCCAGCAAUCAAGAUAGUGGCCGAGGCUGAGGAAUGUCGUCGCAAUUCACGUGUCUGAACUGCGAUGCCCGUUUCGCCAGCGCUGAUAUCCAGCGUGAGCACUACAAAACGGACUGGCAUCGCUAUAAUCUCAAGCGACGGGUUGCCCAGCUGCCGCCGGUGACGGCGGAGGAGUUCCAGCAGCGUGUGCUUAGCGCUCGCAGUGCCACCGAUGCGGCAUUGGAAGAGCAGAACAUUAGCGUCUAUUGCCAUGCCUGCCGCAGACAGUUCGGAAGCCAGAAGGCCCACGACAACCAUCUGAACAGCAAGAAACAUCGCGAGCUGCUUGCCAAGUUCGAGCGCGACCAGAUGACGGCCAGCGGCGGAAGCACCAGCACUUCGGCCUCUGUCUGCACACGGAGCGUGAUGGAGCCGCGGCCACAUCCAGCUUUGGCCGCUGCUGCGGCUGGUAAGGGUCGUCUGGCCUUUGCCGAGCGUGCCACAAUGAAGGAUGACCAGGAGGGCCAGGAAAUGGACGACGACGAUGAUGAUUUUGAGGACAUCGAGGAGGAAGAGGUGGACUCCGAUGAGUGGGACAAGAUACCGGAGAAUCCGCUAACCGAACGCGACUGCCUAUUCUGCCAGCACACAAGCGAAGAUCUGGUGGAGAACCUUAAACACAUGUCUGUCGCGCACUCCUUCUUCAUUCCGGACACCGAGUACUGCACAGACAUCGAGGGCUUGCUAUACUAUCUGGGCGAAAAGGUGGCGAAUUAUUUCAUUUGCUUAUGGUGCAAUGAUCGUGGCAAGACCUUUUACUCCCUGGACGCUGUACGCAAGCAUAUGCUCGACAAGGGUCACUGCCAGAUGCUGCAUGAGGGCAUGGCAUUGGCGGAGUAUGCGGAAUAUUACGAUUACAGCAGCAGUUAUCCCGAUAAUAAGGACGGCAUGGACAUUGAUGAGGAAGUGGUGCCAGACUUGCUCGACGGCGAUGAAUACCAAUUGGUAUUGCCCUCGGGCGCCGUUAUUGGACACCGCUCUCUGCUCCGCUACUACCGCCAACGUCUCCAUCCGGAACGCGCCGUGGUGCUAAAGAAAUCCGAUCGCAAGUUGCACCGCGUUCUUAGCGAGUACCGGGCUCUGGGUUGGACGCAGACUCAACAGCUUUCGGCUGCACGCAAGGCCCGUGACAUUCAUCUGAUGAAGCGUGUCCAGUCCAAGUGGCAGAUGAAGCUUGGCUGCAAGGCUAAUAAGUUGCAAAAACAUUAUCGUGCACAGGUUUUAAUUUAGACAAAUAAUACUAAAAUAAAAGAAUCCCAAAUUGUUGAUUCCCGUGUAAAAAAUAAA